CCCGGGAGCGGGUGCGCCGAUGCGGCGAAGGCGAUGCGCUCCAGCACCUCCGUGGGGAUCAUUUCCAGGGCCAUGCGUUCGCUGGGUCGGUGUGUGGGUGGGGAGAGGGGGGUGGGGAGGGGGAUGUGUAUCGUCGUGUGCGUGCUGGUUUAUGCACCUGCGAUUGGGCGUGCUUACGGAGAUUUGACAUGCGUUGCCUUUUGGGGCCCGAUGUCAGCCGAGGUCACGUGCCGGCUUUCCGAGCAGGCUUUCGUGCUAUUAGUAUGGAUCUCUCCUGGUGCUGGGGUCAGGUGAGAUCUUGUGUUCCAAUCCGGGGUGAUGAUUGUCUCUUCAAGCUCGAAGCGCGGCGGAAAGCGACGACAUCACAGAGUAGAGUAGACUCCCCAUCGAUCUCACAGGGAGAUCAGAUUCCAGAUCCGGAGUCGAGGCCCG